AUGGCUGAUGAUUUUCAGCAGGGCAGCGCAACUGAUAAAGAAUCUAUAGAGCAGAUGGUACUUAGAGAUAUUAGUGAUAUCCUAUAUUCAAUGGGGAAGGACAUCAGUUGCUUUGAUCUUCCAGAAAUGCUAGAUGGCACUGAGUUGGCUGGCUCUAAUUGUAGAGAAGUAAUAGAAGAGAUGUCUAUUAAUAUUGAUCCAGAGCAUCUGGACCUUUAUGCAACACUAAAUUGUGAGCAAAGACUUGCCUUUGAUGAGAUAAUGCAUCACGUCCUACAGAAGAAGAGUAAGGUAUUCUUUAUUGAUGGUCCAGGAGGUACAGGAAAGACGCAUCUCUAUAAAGCUUUGCUCGCUAAAGUGUGUUCCAUGGGGCUAAUAGCAAUUGCAACUGCAACAUCUGGAAUUGCAGCGUCCAUCAUGCCGGGCGGUAGGACAGCACAUUCGAGAUUUAAAAUACCAGUAAAUAUUCAUGAUGACAGUUUGUGCAGCUUCAGUAAACAGAGUGGGACUGCAGAGUUGCUUCGGAGAGCAUCCUUGAUAAUUUGGGACGAAGUAGCCAUGACAAAACGUCAAGCUGUGGAGGCACUUGAUAGAUCCUUGCAAGAUAUUACUGGUGUUCUAUCUCCAUUUGGAGGAAAGGUCAUAGUGUUAGGAGGAGAUUUCACACAAGUUCUCCCUGUAGUGAGGCGAGGCAUAAGAGCACAAAUUACAGAUGCUACACUAAAGAAAUCGUAUCUUUGGCGGUGUAUAAAACAAAUAAAACUAUGGCGUAAUAUGAGAGCACAAUCUGAUCCAUGGUUCUCAGAUUUUCUGUUAAGAAUUGGUGAUGGUACAGAAGAAUCAAUCGGCCAAGAUUAUGUGCGCCUACCAGAUGAAAUUGUUGUACCAUACAUAGAUCCAAAACACUCUGUCAGUAAGUUAAUUAAUGAUAUCUUUCCUUCACUAGGCCAGAAUGGAAUAUCACCAUCUUAUAUUAGUACUCGCGCCAUUCUCUCCACCAAGAAUGAAUAUGUUGAUGAACUAAACGAGAAGCUUAUUGAUCGGUUUCCUGGGGAAGAACAAAUCUACUAUAGUUUUGAUUCAGCAGUGGAUGAUCCACAUAACUACUACCCACCUGAAUUUAUAAACUCACUCACACCUAAUGGCCUGCCUCCACAUGUCCUUCGACUGAAGAUUAAUUGUCCUGUGAUUUUACUUCGGAAUCUAGAUCCUUUUAACGGAUUGUGCAAUGGAACAAGACUUAUUAUCAGAGCAUUUCAAGAGAACGCUAUUUUGAUGCAGAAAUAA